UCACCACGUAACCUCACCCAAAGUUCUAGAAUCCUCUCCUCACCUCCGCCCGCCUCCAACUCCACAUCUCGAGAAAAUCAUCAAUCAAACCACAUCAUUCCUCCCACUCACCCACCAAAAUCCAUUUAAACCCACACCACCCGAACCAACAACCCCAAAGCCAACCUUUCCUUACAGCCAGACAUAUAAUGUACAUGUCCACGACCCUCACCCGCGCCUCACUCAUCAACAUCCUCCUCCUCAACCCGCUCCUCACAACCGCAACCGCAACCACAACCGCACGCUUCACAACCACCACAACACCACGCCUCCACCACCUCCAACCCAACCUCCCAACCCACCCCCACUGCUCAGCCAUAAACCUCUACAACCACUACUCCAACACCUACUCCACAAUGAGCACCUCCCAAGACCACCACCACCAACAACAACAACAACAACCCUCCACCAACCAAACCCAACCCCAAGACCAAACCCAAGAACAACCCCAAACCGAAAGCCAAAAAAGCGAAUACCUCGCCCUCCCCUCCGCCGAGUCAGCCACAAAACUAGACGUGAGCGGGGACGGAUCAACCGUGAAAUUGGAUCACUUGGGCCCCGUGGUGGUGAAUCAGGAUGGGACGUUAUCGCGGAUUUCGAAUUGGGAGCAGAUGACGGAGAUUGAGCGGCGGAAUACGUUGCGGGUGUUGGGGAAGAGGAAUAAGAUGAGGUUGGAUGCGUUGAAGAGUAAGGGGGAGGGGGAGGGGAAGGGGGAUAAUUGAGGGGAUUUAGGGGUAUUAUUCUGUGGGGAGAUGAGGAGGGGGGUUUAUGUGAUGGAUGGUUGGGUU